AUGCCACCACCGCAAAUAGUCAGCUGGGAUGAUCUCACUGAAGUAUGGGAGCAACGUGACGACGAAACAGGGAAAAUCCAGCAAACAUCUUUUGCGUUGUUCGACGGCAACGAAAGCUUCUAUUACGGCACGCUUAAAACCCCCAAAGCCGGUAUCACCUUCGAACAGGUCACAAACACCCUCGAGAGUGUUCCCGAUGAAGAGGUGUUUACGCGGUGGCCGGCUCCCGGUCUCGAGUUGAUGCAAGCCCCAGUGACACUUACCGAGGAUUUCUACAUCAAGCGACCGAGUCCAGAGAUGUACAAAGUGUUGAAGGAACACAAUCAAUUGUCCCAACUAUCAGCAGCCUUGCUAGCAGAGGCUGAAGUCCUAGAGUCGCUGUUGCAACACCCGCACCCGAAUAUAAUCCGCUAUUACGGCUGUCGGGUUCUCCGUGGGUACUUCAUUGGACUUGUCAUCGACAAACAUCCACAUGACCUGUACACUUAUCUCAAGAACCAAGUUGGGACAAUUGAGAAACCGUCUUUCAUUGCUGAGCUCAAGUCCUCACUCCGUUAUCUUCAUACACAUGGAUUGGCCCAUAACAACCUGACUCCCAAUAAUAUUCUAGUGAGCAAAGAAGGCAUGCCUGUUUUGAUUGAUUUUGCUGGAUGUCAGCCUAUUGGAACUUAUUUGAAGCAUGUUAGAGGGACUCACGGGUGGAUAGAUGGAGAAAUAAAGGAUCACAAUACAUCGAAAACGGAGCAUGAUGUUUCUGCUUUAACUAAGAUCAGUGCGUGGUUGGACAACCCAGUGUUUGACCGAUGA